AUGAGCACCGAAAGGCCCUCGACGGCAAGAGGCGCCGAAGUGCAGGAUGCCACGACGAUGCCGUUGGUGAAGGAUAUCAAGCUCCUCAACCCGUGUGCCGCCACGGCCUCGAUGUUCCUGUACGCCCAAGGAUCCUCCGUUGUAUGCUGCCACCACGACACCCUCACCAUUGACAGGAGGUUCUCGAGACAUGCCGAGGAGAUUCAGCUGCUUGCCGUCGACAAUCACAGCGAGAUGGGGGCCGGCCGCCUCGUGGUGAGCUACGAUGCCGGCCAGACGGCCAUCGUGUGGGAUUUGAUGACGGGUGACGAGAUGGCCCGGUUCGCGUCGUAUGAUCAUUUGACGGCGACGGCGUGGAUGCGCAACGGAAAUGUGGCCUUUGGAAACUCGCAGGGAAGCAUCAUCCUCUUCGAGCCCACCACGUCGGAGCACAUCUCCUCUCGAACAAUCGAUCAGAUUGCCGUCACCGCCAUCGCUCCAUCCUCGGACUGCAGAACGUUUGCGAUUGGGUACCAAAACGGCUCGCUCCUGAUCGCCACGCUGCAGCCACGCUUCACCAUCCUGCAUAAUCUCACCACGUCCAGGGGCCCGUCCCCCGUCGUGACGCUAGGCUGGCACGCUUCGUCGCCGAGACAGAUAUCGGACAUGCUGGCUGUGCAGACGCUCGAGGGUGACCUCCGGGUCUGGAGCGUGGCCAAGUCUCACAGCGCCAACGACCCGGCCAAAGUGGUCAGAAUACUGCGAAGGGGAGAGAGCGUCGCCACGGGACCCAACUGGAUGGGCUGGUCGAAGAACGGCCGCAUCAUUCAAUUCUCGGACUCGGAGACGCUGUCAUGGGAUGUUCGGACGAAGCAUGUCACCUCUGAUUCCAUACCCACACUGGAGUACGUCAAGGGCCUCGCUGUCUACGGCCCCGGGGCCAGCCUGUUCACCGUUGGCAAAUCCGGCACCGUCCAGCAGUUUGAUCUCAACUCGCCCUCCAUCAUGGUCGCCAACGUCCAACACCCCGCCAAUCUCCUUCCACCUUCGCCGCCCGUUUCCGUCGAGGAACCGGGGGGCAAGCCGGCGCAAUCAUGUGCCGUCGUGCAAUCGUCCGAGUCUGACCACAGCUCCAGCUCCGUGCCCGUUGACAUGGGCGUUUCCGAGAGCGACGAAGACCAGAUGUCACCCUUUGCCCGAUUUUCCCAAAGAAGGGCGCCCGACGCCGGAAGCGAGCGGGCACACCGGUCCACGAGCCCGAUCUCGAGUCGAAGUGAUCCGUCCUCCAUUUCAAGAUCCUCGAAUGGCGCCCGCACGCCCGGCCGCCCGAGCGGGUCGUUGCGAUCGCGAGGAUUGUCCGAUCAUACGUACAUCUCGGCGGGGUCACCGUUGAUGUCGUCGGUCGUCGGGAGGAAGGAUGCAGACGGCCACUUGAUGGGAUACUCUCUUUCCAUCACCACGGCUCCGUCAAUGGCCUCCUCCCGCUCCCGGCAGAGGCCUUCCAGACUAAGGAACGAGGUACCUCGCAGCCCGGAUGACGGCAAGGUGCACGACCUAUUCAAGUUCACCCGAACACGUCUGAGCGACAUCCCGUACAAGCAUCCGAUGAGGCCGGACAACUCUCGCCUUACCAACGAUGAUCUCCGCCGCCAGAUGCUCCGCACCAUCUUUGGUUGGCACGAAGAAAUUGAGGACCUGAUCCAGGACGAGCUGACCAGGCACCCGGCCGGCUCCCCCAGUCGCAUCCUGCUCUCCAAGUGGCUGGGGGACAUGGAACCUGACAUCAUGGCUGGCAGUUCCGAGAACAUGACAUCGUCCGACUGGAUGCUCCUGGCCUUGAGCGGCAUUGGGGGGCGGGAGUCUCGUCACAAGCUCGAGCACGCCUACGUUCGGCGACUUCUGGAGAGCGGCGAUGUUCAUGCCGCCGUGACCAUCAUGCUAGGCAUGGGCGACCACAACGAUGCCAUCGAGGUGUACAUCUCGCACAGAUGCCACAUGGAGGCCUUGAUCCUAGCCUGCCUGGCCUUCCCCAGCGUCUGGCAGCGACAAGCCGCCAUCAUCCGACGAUGGGGAGAGUGGGCGGUGCAGCAUGGUCAGCAGCAGUUGGCCAUCCGAUGCUUCGCUUGCACCGAUGAAGAGUCCAGCGAGCCAUGGAGCUCGCCUUCGGCCGCGCAGCUCAACUUCCAAACCACGACCCAGAGCGGACCGGAAGUCUUCGGCCCACCGCUGUCACCCCUGGGCGUCCAGAGAGGGCCGCAGCGAGCGAUUGCGAAGUCGUCUGCUUUGAGGCUCAUCACCUCAUUUGGUGAGCAGAGCCAGCAGUCAAAGUUUUACUCCCAGCGCGAUGGGGGCAAAACACCCAUCGCCGCUGCCGUGACCCCCAUCGCGGAGUCGGCCAUUUCCCCGGGAGGUUCGUACAACGCCGCGACGGCAUUCCUCCGACCCUCGAACGGCAGUCGGUUCAACACGCCCACCUCAGCUCGUGCGGGUGGACCGAACCUGAGCCGAAGCCCAUUGCCCUCGAUUGGGGAGCUUCCAUCCGAAAUCAACCGUGCGGGGAUGCAGGUGGCGGGGAGUCGUGCGCCCGAGACGACGGAGGCUCGUCCCGGUCAUGCUCGUAACCCUUCCGGGCGGGGACACAUGACGGCAGGAGUAGAACUGCCGCGCUCGGCGACGGCCGAUCCGACGAUGACGAUUCGCGAUCAAUCUACACGUGCUGUGGUGGAUCGAGCGGAUGACCGAGCACCGUCUCCAAAGCAUGGCAAGGUGGCCGAGUUGCAAGUGGACAGGCCCACCACACGCAACGGCUCGCGCGACCGAAUCCCCCCAGGAGUCAACCUCCUGGUGCAUACCGAACAGGCCACGGCCACAGAUGUGACGUCUCCGGAGCAAUCGAUCGCCUCGUCCCGAUUCCAUUGGCCGACGAGACGACGAGGCCCCGGCUCCGUUGCCAGCUCCAUCACGUCAAAUUCCAGCGCCGGCCGUAACCUGCGAUCACAUCCAAGGCAACGCGAUGACUACAUUCACAGCCUCGAGACGGCCCACCAUUACUCCAAGAGGGGCCGGAGCAGACAUAACAGCAAGGAACGGGUCCGCGACGCGUCUCGUGGCCGUCAUGCUGGCAGCCGAGAAGGGUGGACCAACUCCAGAGAGGCAUCGGAGGAGCGUGGACGGACUUCGGCUCGGGCUUGGACCAAAGCAAAGCGAUCGCCGACAUCGCCGAUCCCCAUGUCUCCAGAAGACCUCCUGAACUUGAGCGUUACGAGGCAUGUAGGCGCUGUCGACUCGCCCUCUGCGAGAAAUGCGAGUGUCAAAAACCCCAGGCCGGAUGGCCGGACCUCAAGCCGCGGGAGCAACCGCAGGAGUCCCGACGGCCGUACCCAUUCUGCAGCGAGGGAGAAUCGGGGGAGGCUCGGCGGACGCGAUAAUUCUCGACAACGACCGUCGUCCCCGCCGCCGCUGCCGGAAAAUCCGUCGCACUACCAAGGCUCCGAAGAUGAAGAGGACUAUAAGCGGGCCGUACGGGCGCAAGAGAGCUUCCGGGAAAAGCACAGCCGCAGUGGCAGCCGAGCCGCAAACUCACCAAUCGUCCCCAAGCGAGACGAUUUGGAGCGCCAGCAGGCAGAUGCUACUGAUGCUUUGGAGAUGCUACCAGCUCUGACUUUCCACAGAAGGGCCGCAUCGACGGAGCAUGCAGGUGAUUUGCGGCAAAUGAAGGAUGAGCGGCAGCGCAAAAAAGAGCAAGCGGCUCGCGAGCUCGAAGAGCGUCGCAAAUCUCUUGCCAAGAGGCCCCAGGCACCGCAGAUCCCGCACCCGAACGACAUACCUCCAUCGAUGAGGAUAGGGAUCGAAGCAGCAGAGCCAAAGGAUAGGCACGAACAUGUCCCUCCCAGGUGCGCGACGGAACCACCGAGGAGCACGUAUAUGAGGAGCGGCCUGCAGAUUGGCUUGCCCGCCACGCCCAAGGUCAUGAGGCUGAUUAUCGAGGCCGAAAACAGGGGCAAGUUGGGGAGCAAUGUGCCCUUAGUCCCGGAGCUGCCUCGCGGAUUUCUGCAGGGGCAGUCUUCCAGCGCAUCUGCUGACAAGGAGGAGGGCGCUGCACCGUUGACCCUGCUUCCGCCGACUGUCUAUCAACCGCCGGCGAGACCGGCGAUUCCUCGAAGCAUGUCUGCUCCGAUUUUCAACGAACCGGAUCAGGCCCGCCACGAACGAAUGUCCGGCGAGCAUGAAGUUGAGGGGGGCGAACGGCGUCGAUCUCACGAGGAACCCGCGCUGCCGGCCUCUCCGCCUCCUCCCCCUCCACCACCGCCACCAGUGUUGAAAGAACUCCAGCAUCUGGCUCUUCCGCCGCCUCCACCUCCCGCUCCUCAACCGCACUCCCGGCGGCCGGCGAUUGCUCCUAACAUGAUUGAGAUCAUCAUGGACGACGACGACAACACACCUGAUGCGGCUUCUACAAAUGACGGCGUUGUACCCGCACUUUCACCACCACCACCACCACCAACAUCAUCAUCAAGGGGACACAUCCGAGGCCGCAGCGUCGGUGACGAUGCCAUUCCUGGACGGUGGCACAAGGCAACCGAUCGUCUCAGGUCCGUCAGCCGUGGCCCCAAGGAUGCGGGGCGAGGAGGCAUACGAUCCCCGGCCACGGACAUUCCGGUUGAUAAUAUCCUGAGGACGACAAGCCAGGUUAAAUCUUCCGUUGCCGGGGUCCCGCCGCCAGCUAUGCACGAUGCGGACGUGACCAGGUCUCCAGUUGAAGCGACGAAGGGCAAGCGCAUGUCUACUGGUCUGCAUCGUAGCGAGAUGAUUUGA